CAAGCGACGCGAAACCACUGCCGCACAACCUGCCGCGGAGAGAAGCCGCGAGCGACUGACGGUAUUCUCUGGCGGCGCGAGGCACACGGGAGCCGUAUCAGCGGGCGCGCAACUACUACCUGCGUACCAACCACAAGUCUGGCAGUUCUCUGUUGAUCGUACCACGGGCGUGUUCCGUGUCCCAUUCCAGUGGAUUGAAAUACUUCUUCAGGUCAUCUCACUUCGUGUCUACAAGUGUGCAGAGGAGCAGGAACCUACAAUUUCCUGCCUUCUGUUCAAGUCUACAGUGAAUUGAAAUCACUACUGCUCGUUAUCAUCUGAGUGCUGUUUGCAGAGGAGUGCAAGAUAUAAAAGCAACAACAGCUCACCCAGCGACUGUGAGGUGUCUGUUUUUACGCUGGCAAAUUAAUUACAAGGCAGUGUACGUAUAUAUAUGUGUGUAAAGUGUUGAACAACUAAUCAGUGGCUACCUCGCUGUGUUAUGUCAUACACUGUUUGCGAACCUGAUUCAGCAAAAAUUUACCCAAGACAAUAUUCAAUAGUAUCAGAAUUUAAUACACAAAGUAAAUACAAGUGUGAUUAAUAUGGACCGAGAAAAUGUAGCAAUUAAGAUUAUACAACAGAGUUCCCCAUACAAAACACAAACUACAAGCAUGAUUUUUGUAACACGUAUGGUCAGCUAUCUGAGAAGAAUCACAUCAGCGAAUGGCAGGGAAACCGGUCGCGAUUUAAAACAAUUAAACAAUGUGUGAAGGGCUGAAAUUUCCUGUUGUUUUGAACACUGAAGUACAGUGACUGGUGAAUAUGGGAAAACGGGGUUAGGACUUCUGAACCAUAUGAUAUAUAAGAUAGGAUUUUUUAUACUGUCAUCUGGAAGCUUAUAUCUAUCGGGUGAUCAGUACUACCGAUCUGACAGUUCGACAGUGAUCCGCUUUCCACAGGGCUAUACUGAUGUAGGGUUUAUUCCUGUACCUACAUUGCUAUGGAGUCGCUGAAUUCAUUACCAGACACUUCGACUUCUCCUUCGCCAUCUUCAGUGAUGGGAAUAGCAGUGAAUGAAGAAUAUUCUUUCGGUGAAGAUGCUGUGACAGAUUUUUCCGACCUCUUGUCAACAAGUUCCCUGUCUGACAACCUUAGCCACACGACCACAAUGACAAUGGCCUCACUAAACCUUGGUCCUGUCAGGGACCCUCUGUAUAUUGUAAUUCCCAUCACUAUUCUGUAUUCAGUUAUCUUCUUCACGGGAAUAGUGGGCAAUGUAGUUACAUGCAUUGUCAUAGCCCGUAACAAACACAUGCACACAGCUACCAACUACUAUUUGUUCAGCCUCGCUGUGUCAGACCUUCUCCUGCUGGUUUCGGGCCUUCCUCAGGAGAUGUACUGUAUUUGGUCUCGGUACCCGUAUGUAUUCGGUGAAAUAUUCUGUGUGCUACGAGGUCUCGCUGCCGAAACGUCGGCUAAUGCCACGGUCCUGACCAUCACGGCGUUCACAGUGGAACGCUAUGUAGCCAUCUGUCAUCCCUUCCUGUCCCACACCAUGUCUAAACUGUCGCGCGCUGUGAAGCUCAUCCUUGUAAUAUGGAUUGUGGCCCUUGCAUUCGCAGUUCCUCAAGCUAUUCAGUUCGGCAUCGUGAUGGGGAGUACCCCAGAGUUUGUGAUGUGCACGGUCAAGACUGUGAUAUUCGCCCACUCGUUCGAGAUAUCGACCUUUCUGUUCUUCGUUAUGCCAAUGACACUUAUCACAGUGCUGUAUGCUUUGAUUGGACUUCGGCUCAGGCGGUCCAACAUGAUGAAGAAGGAUGCCGGGUCAUUCAGCUGCAAGCAUUUCUGUAGCUCCAUGACUACAACAGUUCUACAGCAGCCAUCACAGCGCCACUUGGAAUCCGGGAACAGCCGGAGAUCGAACUGCUGUCGGCACCAUCAGAAUCAGUGUUCUCGCAGAGUACUCAAAAUGCUCGUUGCUGUGGUUGUCGCCUUCUUCAUCUGUUGGGCGCCGUUCCAUGCACAGCGCCUCUUCGCGAUCUACGGGGUGCAGCAGCAGGCGCCGGUCAUGCUCAGGAUCUACGAGAUCAUGACGUACAUCUCGGGCAUAUUGUACUACGUGUCCACCACCAUCAACCCUAUACUCUACCACACCAUGUCGCUCAAGUUCCGCGAGGCGUUCAAGGACACCCUUGCCCGUUGCUGCCGGUUCCGGGGGAUCAAGGGCCACGGGGCACGCAGAUCAUACUCAGUCCUCUCCAGAUCUGCCCAGCGAGGCUCCCUGGGGGCAAGCAAUGCGGGUCAGGAGAGCACUGACUACUCGGGCAACUCGGUGCGGGAGGAGGUGCUCCCUGGUGGACCAGGAAGCGGUGGAUCCAGUGUGAAAGACUUCUCAGGAACCAGAAGGUGCUUCAGGAAGCAAGACAGCAGCUUCCUGACAGACAGUCGAGGUCAGGACUCCAACUGGGUCACCUCACCGAACGGCCGUAUCAAUGCCGAUCCUAACCACAGACGGUCCUUCUCAGUGAUCAUUAGCGCGUCACAGGUUAGCCAGAAACCUAUUCUGACGAAGCAACUCAGAAAGAGCAAUCUGAAAAUUAAGCGGAAGGAAAAGCGGAACGGGGAGAAAGAGAAAAAGAAGAGCAGUUGGGACGUUUUACGAAGCAUAACAUCGUCAACAAAUUUCGUGGAAGAAAACAAAAAGUUAUCUACCUCUUACUCAAUGCGGUCGCCGACGCCCAAUCAGUACAGCGUGCCACCGGAGAUGUUCGACAUGCUAGCGGUUUGUGGGAGCGGCAGUGUGCAUAGCCUCGCUUCGAGCAGCAACAACGUCAGCAACAGCAGUCUGCGGGAUGUUGAGCACGGCGCCCUCGAGGACGAGCUCACGGCCUACAUGAAGGAACUGCGACGGAGAGAAGAGUGCUGAGAAAGGUGGUACGGUGGGGAACCGCUCACGAAGAGGAAAAAACAUAAGCGAAUCUCCACUCAAUAGACGUUGAUUCCAGCCACAUCGGCAGCGCACGGCAGUUUGCUAAUUUCAUUUCUUGCUCUCUCCGUGUCAGCCCGACAUUGCACUGGAACGGAACUCUCAGGAUGCUGGACAACUUUAAGCUUUUUUUUUAUUCCUAGUGGGGUAGGACUAAGUCCCUUGUACUGCGGCCACUUCUGGCCUAU